ACAGUGAAGGACUGAAUAGCAGUUACCAGGAGGGAGAGAACAAAACAAAACAUGCUCUGUUUAGGGUCACUUCAUUCCUUCCUACCUGUGCCCUUCAAACCACCUUAAGUACCACUUUCACUUCCUCCCCUUCUCUCUUUCCCACCGUUCAGUCUCCCCAGGUUUCUCACAUUCUUGCAAAAACCAUCCUGUCUUGUUCCGUCAAGUCUUUCGUUUUCUUCAUUCUUUUUACUUCCAUCUAUCUAAAUCUACCAUUUCCUUUGACCCUUCAAAAAAAAAGAAAGUAAAAGCAAGGAUUUUUCUGAACUUAGCUAUAGUUCCUUCACUGACCCUUUACGUUUGUUUGUCAGAAUUUUUUUGUUAUAGCUUCAAAUUCACACUUCUCGCUGUCCUUUUUUUAAAAGAAAGAGCUGAACCUUGCUCAAAGUUUGUCGAGUCUAAUUUAUGUUGAAACUUGUUUUUCUCCAUCAAGUCUCAAAUUUUCUUGUACUGGCUUUUUUUUUUUUAGACAUAGUUGCUUGAUCAAAAUCUAAAAUUUUUGACUCCCUUUUGAAACUUAAUUGUAGCUCAAAGAUUCAAUCUUUUUGAAACAAGAAACAAUGAAUAUUAUAGGUUCUCAUUUGUUGAUUCUUCUAACAUUAAUUUUUCUUGUUCGUGUUCAAACCCUCCAUGCCUUGGAUUCCUCCCCAACAACACCCAUGAAUUGUACGGAUACAUCAAGAUUAUGCGCAUCUUUUUUGGCUUUUAAGCUGCAAGACAACCAAACAUUAGCAGUGAUCCAGAGCAUGUUUGAUGUGUUGCCACAAGACAUAACAGUUGAAGAAGGGGACAGCCAUGGCUACAUGUUCAUCAGGAAGAACUGUUCGUGCUUAACAACAACCAAGAAUUAUGCCACAAACACAACUUUUACAGUGAGAUCAAAUGGCGGGUAUGUUUAUGACAUGAUUUUAGAGGCUUAUGAUGGGCUUGCCAUGGUUCCAAAUGUUACCAGGUCGGCAAGGGUUGGAGCUGUGGUGUCUUUGAGGCUGUUUUGUGGGUGUUCAAGUGGGUUGUGGAACUACUUGAUGAGUUAUGUGAUGAAAGAUGGGGAUAGUGUGCAAUCUUUAGCAAGUAGAUUUGGGGUUAGCAUGGAUAGUAUUGAGGAAGUCAAUGGGAUUGUAAAUCCUGAUAAUGUCACUGUUGGUGCUCUGUAUUAUAUUCCAUUGAAUUCAGUUCCUGGUGAACCAUAUCAUGUGGAGAAUGACAUUACCCCUGCGCCUGUUCCAGCACCAUCUGCUGACACAAUAUCAGAAAUUCAAGUAAAUCAUAAGGCUCAUGUGCCAUAUGGAUGGAUCAUUGGGGGUUUUGGUGUUGGGCUUGCCCUCAUUAUAUUAAGCAUAGUUGUUUGUAUUUCCUUGAGGUCAUCAAGCUGUUUUGCUGAAUCUCAUGGAAGUCUUGCCAAAGAUCCUGAUGGCAAGAGUUCUCAUAAAUUUCACAUUCUUCGGAAGCCAAGUUUCUGUUGUGGUUCAGGAAGGUACAUUUGUGGCAAAUCUGGGAAUUGGAACCAAACUAAUGGCGAACCUAGUAACCCCCAGAUUACUAUUCCAAAAGCUCUAGGAACUGAUGUACUUGAUGUUGAGAAGCCUGUGAUUUUCACUUAUGAAGAAAUUCUUUUUUCGACUGAUGGAUUCUCUGAGUCAAAUCUUCUUGGUCAUGGAACCUAUGGUUCUGUGUAUUAUGGUCUCCUUCGUGACCAGGAAGUUGCUAUAAAAAGAAUGACUGCCACAAAGACGAAGGAAUUUAUGGCAGAGAUGAAAGUUUUGUGCAAGGUUCACCAUGCAAAUCUGGUAGAGUUGAUUGGCUAUGCUGCAAGUGAUAAUGAGCUCUUCCUUAUUUAUGAAUAUGCUCAAAAGGGUUCUCUUAGAAGCCAUUUACAUGAUCCCCAGAACAAAGGUUAUACACCACUAUCUUGGAUAAUGAGGGUUCAGAUUGCACUUGAUGCUGCUAGAGGCCUGGAGUACAUCCAUGAGCAUACUAAAACUCAUUAUGUUCAUCGAGAUAUCAAGUCGAGCAACAUCUUGCUUGAUGGUUCUUUCAGGGCAAAGAUUUCAGAUUUUGGGUUGUCAAAGCUUGUUGGAAAAACAAGUGACGAAGAAGCAACAGCAACAAAAGUUGUUGGUACAUUUGGUUAUUUGGCACCAGAAUAUUUGAGUGAUGGACUUGCCUCAUCAAAAAGUGAUGUGUAUGCAUUUGGUGUUGUUCUGUUUGAGACUAUAUCUGGAAAGGAGGCAAUCAUAAGAACGGAAGGCACCACAAUGAAAAAUUCUGAAAGACGUUCACUGGCAUCUAUUAUGUUGGCAGCUCUCCGGAACACACCAGACUCAAUGAGCAUGUCAAACAUGAAAGGUUAUAUUGAUCCAAAUAUGUUGAAUCUGUAUCCUCAUGAUUGUGUUUUCAAGAUGGCUAUGCUGGCAAAGCAAUGCGUUGAUGAGGAUCCUAUCGUACGCCCUGACAUGAAACAAGUUGUGAUUAACUUGUCACAGAUCCUUUUGUCCUCUGUGGAGUGGGAAGCAACUCUUGCUGGGAACAGCCAAGUCUUUAGUGGUUUGGUACAAGGAAGAUAGUUAUGUAGCAGACAACCCCUCUCUAUAUACUUUUAUUCUGUUGCUCCACUUUGUGCCCCCUUUCAUCUUUAUACUUAUGUGUGCAUAGUAGCAAUUGAUGUUCCAGAAAGGCAGUAAUAUGGUGGUAGUAUUUAUAUAGCUUCUUUUUUUUUUUUCAGUUCUUUUCUCUCUUUUCCCCUGCUCUAUAUGUUAUAUUCUUUGAAAAGCUCAACUUGUGUGAAAAAAUUUUGAUGUAAAAUGCCACGAUGUAGUAAAAGAUUCGGCUGCUUUAUAAGCAAGCCAUUUGGGUAGCUAGCUUGAUGUCAAUUUCUUCUUUUUA